CGGCGCAGGGCUUUGCUGCUAACGCGCUAGAAAUUUUGUUUCAUUUUGUUUUCGAAUUUUGUAAGAGUUUGUGUUUAAUUUCGUGAUUAUUAAAAAUGGGAGCGAAACAAACAAAAAUCGAGGGCAGUUACCUACCCAGUACACCUGUUGCACCAGGUGCCAGUUCACGUAUCAUUAAUAUAAAUGUUGAGGGAGAAAAUAAUAGCUUGGAUCCAAGAUCUCCAGCAGAGUGUCGUACACCAAUCUAUCUGCAAAAUAAACGCAUUGAUACUAAUUUACAACUGGCUCCAGCGGAGAUGCCAGAACAUGAUCCUAAUACAGAUAAUGCUUUGGAUAUACUGCGCAAACGUUUCUUUAAGGGCUUCACCUACAAUCUCAAUGAUCCUCGAUCGCCAAGCCUAAAUCUUAAUCGUACACCUUUGGUGUUUGAAGAUACUUUAGAAAAAUCCCUUACACUUGAUGAUACUUUCGCUGAUCUUAUGGUAGAACCUCGUUUACCUGAAUGCGCAAUUAUAGACAAACAAUCUGAGGAUAAAACUGAAGAAAGAUGUGUAGAAGAUGUGGAUAUUGAAAUGUCAGAAGAAAAGGUAAUUGUAGAUUUAGAAGCACCAACAAAUACAAGUCCUCAGACUCCUAUAAUUCCGCAACAAGAAUUCGAUCCACGUUCUCCCUCAAUUGGUGUAGAAAGAACACCAAUUAUUUUCACUGAUGAUGAUGAAGUGGAUGAAACAAAUGAAGAUGUUAUGCUUGAGAAUAUAUUGGCUACCUUAACGCUUAAUUUAAAUACCAGUGGCAAUAGUAGUGUUGUGUCCCUGGCAUCACAAACCAACAAUGUUGAUUUCAAUGAUACCAAUGAUUUGAACUCGGUAAACAAGCCCACGAACAAACAUUUGGAUCGUGUAAGAGCUGGCAAGAAGAGUUCACCAAAAGCCACACAACGUAAACCAAAGCGACGUCUAUCGCGUCAACAAAUUUAUGAAGAUCGGGAAAAUCAAAUACCCACAACACCUAAAUUGAAAUUUUCACAAAUCGAUAAAAACGAUUCGUUAAAGGGUAAACGUACCCCUCUGAGCUGUGUGCGCAAUCGUAAUGGUCAGGCACGUUCCCGUUCGGUAGAAUCUUCAGCUAAAUCCUUUAAAACACGUUUAGCUCUUACCAGUUUCGAUGAUACUUUAAAUCCUACUGAUAACCAUAAGGUGCCCAAUUUGCGCAUUAUGCAGCAAGGUUCCCAAGAUUCUUUAGAACUUUAAUUGCUAUUUUAUUAUAUUGAAAAUUUUAUAUACGCUAUUUAGUUAAAGAAACAUAUUUUUUUUAAUAAGUUAAUAUCUAAUUUUUUCUGCUAUUGUUUCAUUAUAUUUUAUGUAUGUUUUUCAUUUUGGCAAGAUUUCCUACACCUACAGUUGUUGUAAAGUCUUGUUUUCUCAUAUGCCUUACUUUUUUUGAAGGGUUUAAACAAUAUAAUAUUGUUUUUGUGUUUUCUUUACUAUAGAAAAAUGCUAUACAAAUAAACAAUUACUUUGAUCAUUUAUUUUAUAUAAUUUUUUUUUAUUUUUUAUUUUUUAGUUAUACUUAUAUUUCUUAUACAUUAUUUUCAAUAAUAAUUUUGCAAGAAGUGGUAUAGUUUACGCGGAAAG